AUAGUGCAGCAGCAACUUGGUAAAGUGAGGAGUUGAGACCUAGGAGGACCAGAGGAUCCCAGAAUGCCCUCUCACAACAAACGCACCCCUCCUUCUUACCAUCCGGGCAGCAGACGGUAAGUCCUCCCUCUCUCAUCCUAUGUAUUGAUCCCACACAACUCCUCACACAUCCCUCUAUCCUCAUCCUAUUUCCUCAUCCCACCUCACCUCAUCAUCCCCAUCACACUCAUCCCUCUACAUUAAUAGACUCAUCCCUCUACAUUAAUAGACUCAUCCCUCUACAUUAAUACACUCAUCCCUCUACAUGAAUACACUCAUCCCUCUACAUGAAUACACUCAUCCCUCUACAUGAAUACACUCAUCCCUCUACAUGAAUACACUCAUCCCUCUACAUUAGACUCAUCCCUCUACAUGAAUACACUCAUCCCUCUACAUUAGACUCAUCCCUCUACAUGAAUACACUCAUCCCUUUACAUGAAUACACUCAUCCCUCUACAUGAAUACACUCAUCCCUUUACAUGAAUACACUCAUCCCUCUGCAUGAAUACACUCAUCCCUCUACAUUAAUACACUCAUCCCUCUACAUUAAUACACUCAUCCCUCUACAUUAAUACACUCAUCCCUCUACAUUAAUACACUCAUCCCUCUACAUUAAUAGACUCGUCUCUCUACAUUAAUAUACUCAUCCCACCUGUCAUUCUACUUCAUCAGAUCAUUCAUAUCACCCUACUCUUCCACCCCCACCCUAUCAUCCCCUACAACCUUCCCAACUCUGCAUGUUAAUAGGAGUAAUACAUUCUCUAUGUCUACCCCUCUAACUUCUCCUCCUCCCCUUCCACCUCUUCCCCCCCCUUUAACAGCCAUGAACACAGGUACAAGUAUGAGGAGCGUGUCUCCAACCCAGCCUACUCUUACUACCCGGACGAGGAGCUCCUCCACUUCUACCGCUGGACCUCUCCUCCAGGGGUGAUGAAGAUCAUCUCCAUCAUCAUCAUCAUCAUGUGCGUAGCGGUCUUCGCCUGCGUGGCAUCUACACUCGCCUGGGACUACGACAUGAGCAUGAUGGGAAUGAGCGGCGGCAUCGGCGCCGGGCUGGGCAUCGGAGGCGGAGGCGGAGCCGGAUAUGGAGGGUCCUACGGCGGCGGCUCUUCCUACGGCGGCGGUGUCGGAGGAGGAGGCUCGUCCUAUGGCGGAGGCAGCUACGGAAGCGGGACCCAGACUGACCCCCUGGCGGGGAAGGGCUUCAUCAUUGCCAUAGCAGCCAUCACCUUCAUCGCGGUGCUCAUCAUCUUCAUACUAGUGGUGUCGCGGCAGAACACGUCCCGUUCCCCAAAGUUCUACCUGGGGGCCAUCAUCGUGUCAGCCAUCUUGGCGAUACUAAUGAUCAUCGCUACUAUAGUCUACCUGGUGGCGGUAAACCCCACAGCCCAGUCCUCAGGGUCCGUCUACUACAACCAGAUCAUACAGCUGUGUUCCCAGUACCAGAAUCAGAACCAAGCCCAGGGCAUCUUCAUCAACCAGUACCUCUACCACUACUGUGUGGUGGAACCUCAGGAGGUGGGUACCAGUGGGGUCACGAGGGGUCAUUUUAAGAGCUGCAUCUCUCCUAGCCUAUGGGGUAUUUUCCUGCAGCCUCUGUUAGGGAUCCUGCAGGUGCUCCUGUCAGAUUGUGUCAAAUAUGUGCUUAGAGAGAGCUAUAGCUACAGAUAGAGAGAGCUAUAGCUACAGAUGGAGAGAGCUAUAGCUACAGAUGGAGAGAGCUAUAGCUACAGAUAGAGAGAGCUAUAGCUACAGAUAGAGAGAGCUAUAGCUACAGAUAGAGAGAGCUAUAGCUACAGAUAGAGAGAGCUAUAGCUACAGAUAGAGAGAGCUAUAGCUACAGAUGGAGAGAGCUAUAGCUACAGAUGGAGAGAGCUAUAGCUACAGAUGGAGAGAGCUAUAGCUACAGAUAGAGAGAGCUAUAGCUACAGAUAGAGAGAGCUAUAGCUACAGAUAGAGAGAGCUAUAGCUACAGAUAGAGAGAGCUAUAGCUACAGAUAGAGAGAGCUAUAGCUACAGAUAGAGAGAGCUAUAGCUACAGAUAGAGAGAGCUAUAGCUACAGAUAGAGAGAGCUAUAGCUACAGACAGAGAGAGCUAUAGCUACAGAUAGAGAGAGCUAUAGCUACAGAUAGAGAGAGCUAUAGCUACAGAUAGAGAGAGCUAUAGCUACAGAUAGAGAGAGCUAUAGCUACAGAUGGAGAGAGCUAUAGCUACAGAUGGAGAGAGCUAUAGCUACAGAUGGAGAGAGCUAUAGCUACAGAUGGAGAGAGCUAUAGCUACAGAUGGAGAGAGCUAUAGCUACAGAUGGAGAGAGCUAUAGCUACAGAUGGAGAGAGCUAUAGCUACAGAUAGAGAGAGCUAUAGCUACAGAUAGAGAGAGCUAUAGCUACAGAUAGAGAGAGCUAUAGCUACAGAUAGAGAGAGCUAUAGCUACAGAUAGAGAGAGCUAUAGCUACAGAUAGAGAGAGCUAUAGCUACAGAUAGAGAGAGCUAUAGCUACAGAUAGAGAGAGCUAUAGCUACAGAUAGAGAGAGCUAUAGCUACAGACAGAGAGAGCUAUAGCUACAGACAGAGAGAGCUAUAGCUACAGACAGAGAGAGCUAUAGCUACAGACAGAGAGAGCUAUAGCUACAGACAGAGAGAGCUAUAGCUACAGAUAGAGAGAGCUAUAGCUACAGAUAGAGAGAGCUAUAGCUACAGAUAGAGAGAGCUAUAGCUACAGAUAGAGAGAGCUAUAGCUACAGAUAGAGAGAGCUAUAGCUACAGAUAGAGAGAGCUAUAGCUACAGAUAGAGAGAGCUAUAGCUACAGAUAGAGAGAGCUAUAGCUACAGAUAGAGAGAGCUAUAGCUACAGAUAGAGAGAGCUAUAGCUACAGAUAGAGAGAGCUAUAGCUACAGAUAGAGAGAGCUAUAGCUACAGAUAGAGAGAGCUAUAGCUACAGAUAGAGAGAGCUAUAGCUACAGAUAGAGAGAGCUAUAGCUACAGAUAGAGAGAGCUAUAGCUAGAGAGAGCUAUAGCUAGAGAGAGCUACAGAUGGAGAGAGCUAUAGCUAGAGAGAGCUACAGCUACAGAUGGAGAGAGCUACAGAUGGAGAGAGCUACAGCUACAGAUGGAGAGAGCUAUAGCUACAGAUGGAGAGAGCUAUAGCUACAGAUGGAGAGAGCUAUAGCUACAGAUGGAGAGAGCUAUAGCUACAGAUGGAGAGAGCUAUAGCUACAGAUGGAGAGAGCUAUAGCUACAGAUGGAGAGAGCUAUAGCUACAGAUAGAGAGAGCUACAGAUAGAGAGAGCUAUAGCUACAGUCUCCUUACGGCUGAUUAUACAUUUCAAAGAAAGCAGCUCGUUUAGACCACCCUCUUGCCUUUCUUACCUUCUCAAGCUGAAUUCCAUUUGAUCACUCUGUAGUCUCCAGUCGCGUACAUUUCUCGCCCCUCAAUGCACAAUUCAAAUACAAUUUGUAUAUUUCUUGGUACAGAUUACAAUGAGUUAAAAUAACAGAUUUAACUCUUCAGCUUGGUGCAUUAUCCCUCUUCCUGUGUGGAACAUGCUAACCCACUGACUCACCUCUCUGUCCCAGGUCAUAGCCAUCUUGUUACAAUGUCUCUCUCCUCUUAUCUCUUUAGGUCAUAGCCAUCAUCCUGGGUGUCUUGGUAUUUGUGGGUCUGAUCAUCCUUCUGGUGUUUGCUGUGAAGACGCGUCAGAAGAUCAGACGCUGUGGCCCAGACAGAAUCCUCUGGGAGGAGGUCAAGGUCAACAUCAACAGCAGCAGCCUGCGCACACACACCAUCGGAGAAUGGGUGAGUGUGUGUGUGUGUGUGUGUGUGUGUGUGUGUGUGUCCAGAUGGCUUUGGGAAGUGUGUUUCCAGAUAGGGGAUGUUUAUGGAGGUGUGUGUGCUGUUGGAACAGGGACUGACUGUAAAGUCCAUGUAAUCUGUGAUGAUUUCAUGUACACUACCGUUCAAAAGUUUGGUGUCACUUAGACAUUUCCUUGUUUUCAAUAGAAAAGCAAAUUUUUUUGUCCAUUUAAAAAUAACAUCAAAUUGAUCAGAAAUACAGUGUAGACAUUGUUAAUGUUGUAAAUGUCUGUUGUAUCUGGAAACGGCUGAUUUUUAAUGGAAUAUCUACAUAGGCGUACAGAGGCCCAUUAUCAGCAACCAUCAGUCCUGUGUUCCAAUGACAUGUUGUGUUUGCUAAUCCAAGUUUAUCAUUUUAAAAGGCUAAUUGAUCAUUAGAAAACCCUUUUGCAAUUAUGUUAGCACAGCUGAAAACUGUUGUGCUGAUUAAAGAAGCAAUAAAACUGGCCUUCUUGAGACUAGUUGGGUAUCUGGAGCAUCAGCAAUUGUGGGUUCGAUUACAGGCUCAAAAUGGCCAGAAACAAAUAACUUUCUUCUAAAACUCGUCAGUCUAUUCUUGUUCUGAGAAAUGAAGGCUAUUCCAUGCGAGAAAUUGAAGAUCUCGUACAACGCUGUGUACUACUCCCUUCACAGAACAGCGCAUACUGGCUCUAACCAGAAUAGAAAGAGGAGUGGGAGGCCCCGGUGCACAACUGAGCAAGAGGACAAAUACAUUAGUGUCUAGCUUGAGAAACAGGCGCCUCACAGGUCCUCAACUGGCAGCUUCAUUAAAUAGUACCCGCAAAACACCAGUCUCAACGUCAACAGUGAAGAGGCGACUCCGGGAUGCUGACCUUCUAGGCAGAGUUGCAAAGAAAAGGGCAUAUCUCAGACUGGCCAAUAAAAAUAAAAGAUUAAGAUGGGCAGUCUGUGAUAUGGCUUUAUCUUUGCAACUCUGCCUAGAAGGUCAGCAUCCCGGAGUCGUCUCUUCACUUUGAAAAGAGAAAAGAAGGAAGCCUGUACAGAAUAAAAAUAUUCCAAAAUAUGCAUAUAAGGCACUAAAGUAUAACUGCAAGCAAUGUGGCAAAGAAAUUAACAUUAUGUCCUGAAUACAAAGCAUUAUGUUUGGGGCAAAUCCAAUACAUCACUGAGUACCACUCUUCAUAUUUUCAAGCAUAGUGGUGCUGCAUCAUGUUAUGGGUAUGCUUGUCAUCGGCAAGGACUAGGGAGUUUUUUUUUUUAGGAUAAAAAGAAACCGAAUAGAGCUAAGCAUAGGCAAAAACCAGGUUCAGUCUGCUUUUCAACAGACACUGGGAGACAAGUUCACCUUUCAGCAGGACAAUAACCUAAAACACAAGGCCAAAUAUACACUGGAGUUGCUUACAAAGACGACAUUGAAUGUUCCUGAGUGGCCUAGUUACAGUUUUGACUUAAAUCUGCUUGAAAAUCUAUGGCACGACUUGAAAGUGGCUGUCUAGCAAUGAUCAACAACCAACUUGACAUAGCUUCUAGAAUUUCAAAAAUAAUAAUGUGCAAGUAUUGUACAAUCCAGGUGUGCAAAUCUCUUAGACUAACCCAAAAAGACUCACAGCUGUAAUCGCUGCCAAAGGUGAUUCUAACAUGUAUUGACUCAGGGGGUUGAAUACUUAUGUAAUCAAGAUAUAUUAGUGUUUUAUUUUUCAUAAAUUCUAACAUUUGUAAAAUAUUUUUCUUCCACUUUGACAUUUGUGUAGAUAAAAAAAAAUGAAUAUUCAAUCAAUUUUAAUCCCACUUUGUAACACAACAGAAUGUGGACAAGUGUAUGAAUACUUUCUGAAGGCACUGUUCUGUUCCACUGGGCCGUUUGGGGGAAGCAGAGUGCUGAUCUAGGCUCAGCCCAUCCCCCCCCCGGCCGUCCGUGUGUGUUCAUCUUAGUAGACAGCCACAGCAGAAGCAUAGCUUUCACCACAGGUGCUUUAGGAUAGAUGAAGUGGAUAGGUAUGUGUUGUCAGGUGCAGGGGGAGGGGGAGGUGGGGAGAGUUUCAAUUCCAGUUUCUGGGAGUGGCCUCCCAAGGCACUAGUCUCAUUUGUAGUGAUAUCUUGCUAUGUCGUGGUAAAGAAUUGGUUGUUAAAGAGCGACUGCCCCUAAAAAAACUACUUCUCGUUUUGAAGAUGGCCUAUGUUGCAUCGAUAUGAGUCAGUUAUUUUCCACCCCCUAUACAGUGGGGAAAAAAAUUAUUUAGUCAGCCACCAAUUGUGCAAGUUCUCCCACUUAAAAAGAUGAGAGAGGCCUGUAAUUUUUAUCAUAGGUACACGUCAACUAUGACAGACAAAAUGAGGAAAAAAAAUCCAGAAAAUCACAUUGUAGGAUUUUUAAUGAAUUUAUUUGCAAAUUAUGGUGGAAAAUAAGUAUUUGGUCAAUAACAAAAGUUUCUCAAUACUUUGUUAUAUACCCUUUGUUGGCAAUGACACAGGUCAAAUGUUUUCUGUAAGUCUUCACAAGGUUUUCACACACUGUUGCUGGUAUUUUGGCCCAUUCCUCCAUGCAGAUCUCCUCUAGAGCAGUGAUGUUUUGGGGCUGUCGCUGGGCAACACGGACUUUCAACUCCCUCCAAAGAUUUUCCUUGGGGUUGAGAUCUGGAGACUGGCUAGGCCACUCCAGGACCUUGAAAUGGUUCUUACGAAGCCACUCCUUCGUUGCCCAGGCGGUGUGUUUGGGAUCAUUGUCAUGCAGAAAGACCCAGCCACGUUUCAUCUUCAAUGCCCUUGCUGAUAGGAGGUUUUCACUCAAAAUCUCACGAUACAUGGCCCCAUUCAUUCUUUCCUUUACACGGAUCAGUUGUCCUGGUCCCUUUGCAGAAAAACAGCCCCAAAGCAUGAUGUUUCCACCCCCAUGCUUCACAGUAGGUAUGGUGUUCUUUGGAUGCAACUCAGCAUUCUUUGUCCUCCAAACACGACGAGUUGAGUUUUUACCAAAAAGUUCUAUUUUGGUUUCAUCUGACCAUAUGACAUUCUCCCAAUCCUCUUCUGGAUCAUCCAAAUGCACUCUAGCAAACUUCAGAUGGGCCUGGACAUGUACUGGCUUAAGCAGGGGGACACGUCUGGCACUGCAGGAUUUGAGUCCCUGGCGGCGUAGUGUGUUACUGAUGGUAGGCUUUGUUACUUUGGUCCCAGCUCUCUGCAGGUCAUUCACUAGGUCCCCCCGUGUGGUUCUGGGAUUUUUGCUCACCGUUCUUGUGAUCAUUUUGACCCCACGGGGAGAGAUCUUGCGUGGAGCCCCAGAUCGAGGGAGAUUAUCAGUGGUCUUGUAUGUCAUUCAUUUCCUAAUAAUUGCUCCCACAGUUGAUUUCUUCAAACCAAGCUGCUUACCUAUUGCAGAUUCAGUCUUCCCAGCCUGGUGCAGGUCUACAAUUUUGAUUCUGGUGUCCUUUGACAGCUCUUUGGUCUUGGCCAUAGUGGAGUUUGGAGUGUGACUGUUUGAGGUUGUGGACAGGUGUCUUUUAUACUGAUAACAAGUUCAAACAGGUGCCAUUAAUACAGGUAACGAGUGGAGGACAGAAGAGCCUCUUAAAGAAGAAGUUAGAGGUCUGUGAGAGCCAGAAAUCUUGCUUGUUUGUAGGUGACCAAAUACAUAUUUUCCACAAUAAUUUGCAAAUAAAUUCAUUAAAAAUCCUACAAUGUGAUUUUCUGGAAAAAAAAAUCUUCAAUUAGUCUGUCAUAGUUGACGUGUCCCUAUGAUGAAAAUUACAGGCCUCUCUCAUCUUUUUAAGUGGGAGAACUUGCACAAUUGGUGGCUGACUAAAUACUUUUUUCCCCCACUGUAUAUAGCCAUGUUAGUUUUAUUAAUUAUUCACUAUUUAUUCCUUGCUCACCUCACCAAUAUUUUAUUUAUCUUAUCUUUUAACUCUGCAUUGUUGGAAAAGGACCCGUAAGUAAGCAUUUCACUGUUAGUCUACACCUGUUGCCUAUGAAGCAUGUGACAAAUAAAAUUUCAUAUGAAACAUUUAUUCUAGUGUCAAAAUUGACUACAAAGUGUAAAUAGGAUAAUUUUGGUCAUAAAGUAAGUCAGAGAUUUGCGAGAUGAUAGGAAAAAAUUGUAUGUCACAGAAUGAAGGGUACCGCAACAGUUGUCAGUGGGUUGGGUUUAUUUGAAUCCUGCCCACAGCUGGAAGCACCCAAGUAAUCAUCAGUUCGGAGCGAUCGCAAUGCCCAUGGUCAAUUUGGUUUGACAUUCUAUAUCCGUAUGGGGCUAGUUGGGGACCAUCGGUAAAUGACACAAUGUACAUGGGACAAUAUUUUAAAAGGUCAAUAGCAAAACAUUUAAAUGACUUAAAGUCAAACCAACUUUAAUGAGACAACUAAAAGAUGUGAAACAAGAAAAUAUUGUCCCAUUUACAUUGUCUUCUUUAUUGAUGGUCCCAAACUAUCCCCAGAGAUGAGCUAUCCAAGGUCAAAACAACUUGGCCACGGUCGCAAACCAGCCGGCUGAAUCUAAUUGGCUAAAUGAUUUGGCUAACUUCCCACCUGCGAACACACAUAAGAGACACCCACAUCAAUCCACACGCCGAAACCAACUCAAGUUGGAGUUCAGUCAUAUUUAAGGUUUCGACUGUGAUUGGUUAUAAGGUGUUGUCCCAGGGUUCCUUCCUGUCGCUGGUUGUGAUAGUAUCUGUGGUGUUUGGGCUGUGGAGGGUGGAGAAACCGGUCAGUCCUGGGUGGGAGCGGCUCAGACUGCCACACCAUUUAUCUCACAGCGACAACAAUAAUGGAACACUAUCUGUGCUACAGGGCCAGUGUUCAAAGCGUUUGGGAGAAGUAGUUUGGUUGACUGAGCGCUAGUUAGUGUUGAUCUAGGCUCAGGCCCCCCCCCCCCCCCCGGCUGUCCUUGUGUGUUCAUCUUAGUAGACAGUCACAGCAGAAACAUAGCUUUCACCACAGGUGCUUUAUGAUGGAUGAAGUGGAUAGGUAUGUGUUGUCAGGUGCAGGGGGAGAGUUUCAUGUCCGGUUUUUGGGAGUGGCCUCCGAAGGCACUAGUCUCAUUUGUAGUGAUGUCAUGGUAAAUCAUUGGUUCUUAAAAUAGCAUUCUGAUCAUGUGGCACGAGGAACAGUUGUGAUUGGCUAUGAGGAUGUUGGCCUAGUGUUCCUCCCUGUCUCUGGUUGUGAUCAUAUCUGUGUUUAUUUUGGCUGUGAAGGAUGGAGGGGGAAGUGGAGAAACCGGUCGGUCCCAGAUGAGAGCGCUCAGUCAUCCAAACUAUUUGCCUCACAGUGACAACCAUACUUGUGAGUAAUAUGUGAGAGGGAGGGAACCUUAAGGCAACCUCCAGGCAACCUCCAGGCAACCACACAAACAAAACCACUUCAGUCAGCAACUCUAACGUUAUUGGAUUCACAAAGAUUCAGAUACAAUACGUUACUGGAUUCACAAAGAUUCAGAUACAAUACGUUACUGGAUUCACAAAGAUUCAGAUACAAUACGUUACUGGAUUCACAAAGAUUCAGAUACAAUACGUUACUGGAUUCACAAAGAUUCAGAUACAAUACGUUACUGGAUUCACAAAGAUUCAGAUACAAUACGUUACUGGAUUCACAAAGAUUCAGAUACAAUGCGUUACUGGAUUCACAAAGAUUCAGAUACAAUACGUUACUGGAUUCACAAAGAUUCAGAUACAGUGGGGAGAACAAGUAUUUGAUACACUGCCGAUUUUGCAGGUUUUCCUACUUACAAAGCAUGUAGAGGUCUGUAAUUUUUAUCAUAGGUACACUUCAAAAAUCCAGAAAAUCACAUUGUAUGAUUUUAAAGUAAUUAAUUUGCAUUUUAUUGCAUGACAUAAGUAUUUGAUAAUAAUAAUAACUUAAUAUUUGGUACAGAAACCUUUGUUUGCAAUUACAGAGAUCAUACGUUUCCUGUAGGUCUUGACCAGGUUUGCACACACUGCAGCAGGGAUUUUGGCCCACUCCUCCAUACAGACCUUCUCCAGAUCCUUCAGGUUUCGGGGCAAUACAGACUUUCAGCUCCCUCCAAAGAUUUUCUAUUGGGUUCAGGUCUGGAGACUGGCUAGGCCACUCCAGGACCUUGAGAUGCUUCUUACGGAGCCACUCCUUAGUUGCCCUGGCUGUGUGUUUCGGGUCGUUGUCAUGCUGGAAGACCCAGCCACGACCCAUCUUCAAUGCUCUUACUGAGGGAAGGAGGUUGUUGGCCAAGAUCUCGCGAUACAUGGCCCCAUCCAUCCUCCCCUCAAUACGGUGCAGUCGUCCUGUCCCCUUUGAAGAAAAGCAUCCCCAAAGAAUGAUGUUUCCACCUUCAUGCUUCACGGUUGGGAUGGUGUUCUUGGGGUUGUACUCAUCCUUCUUCUUCCUCCAAACACGGCGAGUGGAGUUUAGACCAAAAAGCUCUAUUUAUGUCUCAUCAGACCACAUGACCUUCUCCCAUUCCUCCUCUGGAUCAUCCAGAUGGUCAUUGGCAAACUUCAGACGGGCCUGGACAUGCGCUGGCUUGAGCAGGGGGACCUUGCGUGCGCUGCAGGAUUUUAAUCCAUGACGGUGUAGUGUGUUGCUAAUGGUUUUCUUUGAGACUGUGGUCCCAGCUCUCUUCAGGUCAUUGACCAGGUCCUCACCUUCCUCAUGAUCAUUGAUGCCCCACGAGGUGAGAUCUUGCAUGGAGCCCCAGACCGAGGGUGAUUGACCGUCAUCUUGAACUUCUUCCAUUUUCUAAUAAUUGCGCCAACAGUUGUUGCCUUCUCACCAAGCUGCUUGCCCUUUGUCCUGUAGCCCAUCCCAGCCUUGUGCAGGUCUACAAUUUUAUCCCUGAUGUCCUUACACAGCUCUCUGGUCUUGGCCAUUGUGGAGAGGUUGGAGUCUGUUUGAUUGAGUGUGUGGACAGGUGUCUUUUAUACAGGUAACGAGUUCAAACAGGUGCAGUUAAUACAGGUAAUGAGUGGAGAACAGGAGGGCUUCUUAAAGAAAAACUAACAGGUCUGUGAGAGCCGGAAUUCGUACUGGUUGGUAGGUGAUCAAAUACUUAUGUCAUGCAAUAAAAUGCAAAUUAAUCCCUGCUGCAGUGUGUGCAAACCUGGUCAAGACCUACAGGAAACGUAUGAUCUCUGUAAUUGCAAACAGGUUUCUGUACCAAUAUUAAGUUCUGCUUUUCUGAUGUAUCAAAUACUUAUGUCAUGCAAUAAAAUGCAAAUUAAUUACUUUAAAAUCAUACAAUGUGAUUUUCUGGAUUUUUGUUUUAGAUUCCGUCUCUCACAGUUGAAGUGUACCUAUGAUAACAAUUACAGACCUCUACAUGCUUUGUAAGUAGGAAAACCUGCAAAAUCGGCAGUGUAUCAAAUACUUGUUCUCCCCACUGUACAAUGCGGUAUUGGAUUCACAAAGAUUCACAUACAAUGCGGUAUUGGAUUCACAAAGAUUCACAUACAAUGCGGUAUUGGAUUCACAAAGAUUCACAUACAAUGCGGUAUUGGAUUCACCAAGAUUCACAUACAAUGCGGUAUUGGAUUCACAAAGAUUCACAUACAAUGCGGUAUUGCCAUACCAACUUAAUUGACUUGGUGCAGCUAUAAAACUUGGCACAUACAUGGGCUACAGCCAUACCUGGUAGCCUACGUAUAAAGGAAUCAUGAGACACAGUUCAACACCGUGGCACAUGUGUUUAAUGAAGACUAUCUGGUACUGUAGUUGUCAUGUGUCAGGAACUAAAGACUGCUUUGGUUGUGUUGAUAGUUUCGGUUUGGUUAGAUCAUAAGUCGGCUCGCAAAAGGUUUCUUCAGUCGACAAGUUGAUUCAUGAUUGACAUGACAUGCUUUAAGGGAUUGCCUGAAAUUAUGACUAGAAUAUGUUUAUUACAACAGUUUCUUCAGGAAUUUCAUAAGCAUGAUGUUUUCUGGUGAUUGUGUAUGCAUUCCACCAAAAGUAGGAUUGGCGUGCUCUUGAGCGUUUUGUUCUUUCCAACUGGUGUAUUAUUUUAGCAUAUCAUAAUUUAUGUUUUCUAUUAGUGGCUGUUUGUUGCCCUCUGUCUCAAUAUGACUUUUGACCGCUAACCGGUUUCCUCCUGUAUUGAAAUCAAUUGAAUAAACUUUAUUGAUCCCUGUCUCUUCCUGUAGGUGAAUAACGUGUCUGGUCAGCCAGACACCCUGGUGAACGACUACAACGACAAGGUGGGGGGCUCCAGGAACUUCCUGGACCAGCUGCCAGACCACAAACCUCUGUAUCUGCCUGGGUAAGGUCACCUACACGCAGAGGUUUUCGCAGUGUCAAAAACUGAGCCAGGGCAAUGUAUUUCAAUGAGAACCUUAAGUUGGUGAGGGGCGACUCCAUGGGUAUGCGCUGGAACAAUGCUCUGUUGCACAUUUAAAUUAAUUUAACUUCUGAAGAAUCUGUGGUCAGCUUAUCCUAACAAUAACCAUUAGUGGAGGAAGACCCAAAGCUGACCUUGCCUGUCCACAGGCAUCUUCAUCAUUCUCACUCAGGACAAGAACCAUUUUAUUUCCUUGGCGAAAGUUUAAAGGGCUAUGUUUGUUUGGGGUUGGUUGAAUGUGGGUUGUUUCACCCGCAUGUUUUCACCUGGCAAAGAGAAAGUAUUUCCUAAACACAAAAAAGUGCUACGCAAUACAUUCUUUUGGCUAGGGAAGGGCAGUGGAGACACUGUUUUUAGAGCCAUUAGGCUAUUUGUUAAAACAUGCUUGGAUAAACGGAGAAGCACGUCAAAUCACCUUUUCCACCAUCAAUGGUGGUCUGCCACCCCAAUAUACUCUGUGUGUUUACCAUGCCAAAUGAACUCAUGACGUUGUCAUGAAUUAGUCUUUCCAUUUGUCACGUUAGAACUGGAAGGAAGAAAGUAUUUUUCCUGGUUGAAUGCUGUGGCUUUUAGGGGAUUUACCAGAAGUUGGUAGAAUGUUGUAAUGCUCCGGAAUAUUGGGAAUGUGUUCUUUGGCACAAUCUUGUGGCUGAAUGAUUUGAGGUUUUGUGUGACGCCGUCAUCCUGACAUUACUCGAUCAGGACGAGCUUGUUUCAGAGAAAAACAAAACACUUCCUGUUAUGAGAAGAUAGAUUCUGGUGCUACUAGUUUUACAAUCCUCUAAUACACAGUUUUACUGAUUCAAUUAAACUGGAGUUUAUUAGAAUAAUUGUGAUAUUUAGGUCAAAUGUGAAUAAUAAAGUCAUAUUUUAUUUUUACUUUAUUUUUUAGGAGCUCAGACAUAACAAGCUCGUUGGGAGGACAGAAGAGCAAGCUGAGGGACAACGACACUGGUGCAGAAUCGGGAGGAGAGGAUCUGGACGAGAUCGACUUUAACACGUGAGUGGAGGGACGACUGGUGGAAUGAAAGUUGCCUGCUUUCAGAUCUGUUUGUAAAGUAUAGCCAAAUCUUGAAGCAGUUUGCCAUCCUUAACAGAUCUGGGAUCAGGCUAGGAUGACGGUAGUAUCGGGGGUCUGUACUUAACAAACCGAUCUGGGGUGAGGCUAGAAUGAGAGUAUCCUAAUGAACUGCAUUCAUUCAAGUAGGUUGUAGCAUUAUUAUGGAUGUGGGAUAGGAGUAGUAGUAUAUUCCCCAAACAGGUGAAUAGCAGACCUGGGCAGAAGAUCAUUGUAUUUUGUAGUUUAUUAGAAAAUACCAACUUUUUAAAUACUCAAAAGUAGUCAAAUAUGUAUAUAUAGUUUGAACGAAAAGGCAACUAGUUUUUAUUUAAAUACAGGUCUCAGAAAACCAAAUAAUAUUUGAAGGUAUUUGAAUAUAUGCAAAUGAUUGGAAAACAAACAUAUUUAUUUGAUGGCUGCUAAAUAUUUGAUGAACCAAAAACUACGUCUGAUGGUCUGGUAAUAGAAGCUGUUCAACAGUUAGUUGAAUUAGUCUAAAUAUAUGAUCAUUAGCACAUGGUUUGGAGGGCUCUCGGAUAUGAAUUUGAAUGAGGGACAUGGAAUCACCUCAACAUUAGUAAACCACUUGUGCAGCUUCAAAAUGACUAACACACAUCUUUUCAUAAUGAGUGAGACAUACUGUAACACUUUACAUCAAGUUCCUAUACACGUGUAGUAACUUGGGGAUUACUACAAUUAGCAACAUUGUUGUUGCAUAGGACUUUGGAAAUUGCUUUAUAAUUGCAUAAUGAUGUUCUUACAUAUGUGGAAUAAGGAACGUCAGCUCAAACUCUCAGCUCAUUGAUAUGCAAUUACAUUUAUAUUUUAGUCAUUUAGCAGACGCUCUCUUAUCCAGAGCAGAAUCGGGAGGAGAGAAUGCAUACAUUUAUUAUAAAUAAAAAAAAUAAAAAAAUCAUACCCCCUGUGGGAAUCAAACCCACAACCCUGGCGUUGCAAACGCCAUGCUCUACCAACUGAGCUACAUCCCUGCCGGCCAUUCCCUCCCCUACCCUGGACGACGCUGGGCCAAUUGCGCGCCGCCCCAUUGGUCUCCCGGUCGCGGCCGGCUAUGACAGAGCCUGGAUUCGAGAGCCUGGAUUCGAGAGCCUGGAUUCGAACCAGGAUCUCUAGUGGCACAGCUAGCACUGCGAUACAGUGCCUUAGACCACUGCGCCACUCGGGAGAGCGUGAUACAUGAUACCAAAGUAUCAUAUAACAACAUGCUAAUAAAAUGUGCUCCAAAAGUAAUUACAGUUUUAUUACACAGGCACAAGGGCAGUUUAAUGUUAAGUGUUACUGAGAAUGCUAACUGUAACAAAAUAUGGCUAUUAAGUGUCGAAAGGAAACAAUAUAUAUAUAUAUAUAAAAAACUGCCUUUUUGAAUCAACUACAGCCAAGGUAGGUUGAAAAUCAUGUUAGUUUGUAUUCUGAGUAAACUAUCCCUUUGAAUAUGGUAUACUGAGUGUUUGAAACAAGAACACGUCUCCUCAGAUGGACAAAGAGGUUCAAAGUUGUUUUUUGCUAAGCAUCCAACUUGCUGUUUGCAAAUGGCUUUGAAUUACUCUGCAGUAUUUUCAGCUAUCAAAAAAUGAAUUGCAGCUUUCAAACUUUUCAGUGGCAUGUUGAAAGAGUCAUACAGUAGUUGAGCAUCACAACUUAUUUAUACUUAUCAGUACAGAAUAUCAUUGGUUAAUUGGUUUGACUUGAUUAUGUACUCCUGGGGCAAUGGAUUUUCAGGAAAAUUGACAUUUUACAGAAUGUUCAGAUCAAAUUAAGUUUCAUUCCAAAACGCUAUAUUAUAUAUCCAUUUUCAGAAUUUUUGGUAAAUUAGCUUUUAUUGUUUAAAGACCUUAAAUAUAUUAGUGUGUUUUUGCACCAUCUAAUCAUGGAAUGGGGUUGUUCAAUGACAGACAUGUAUUUGUUUGAAAUAUAUUACUUGAUGGUUUCAUUUCAGGGAGACGAAUAAUCAUGUAGUUGCAAAACCCUACAGUGCCUUGCAAAAGUAUUCAUCCCCCUUGGCAUUUUUCCUAUUUUGUUGCAUUACAACCUGUCAUUUAAAUGGAUUUUUAUUUGGAUUUCAUGUAAUGGACAUACACAAAAUAGUCCAAAUUGGUGAAGUGAAAUUUAAAAAAUAACUUGUAAAAAAAAAAAUAACGGAAAAGUGGUGCGUGCAUAUGUAUUCACCCCCUUUGCUAUGAAGCCCCUAAAUAAGAUCUGGUGCAACCAAUUACCUUCAGAAGUCACAUAAUUAGUUAAAUAAAGUCCACCUGUGUGCAAUCUAAGUGUCACAUGAUCUGUCACAUGAUCUCAGUAUACAUACACCUGUUCUGAAAGGCCCCAGAGUCUGCAACACCACUAAGCAAGGGGCACCACCAAGCAAACUGCACCAUGAAGACCAAGGAGCUCUCCAAACAGGUCAGGGACAAAGUUGUGGAGAAGUACAGAUCAGGGUUGGGUUAUAAAAAAAUAUCUGAAACUUUGAACAUCCCACUGAGCACCAUUAAAUCCAUUAUUUAAAAAAUUGAAAGAAUAUGGCACCACAACAAACCUGCCAAUAGAGGGCCGCCCACCAAAACUCACGGACCAGGCAAGGAGGGCAUUAAUCAGAAAGGCAACAAAGAGACCAAAGAUAACCCUGAAGGAGCUGCAAAGCUCCACAGCGGAGAUUGGAGUGUCUGUCCAUAGGACCACUUUAAGCCGUACACUCCACAGAGCUGGGCUUUACGGAAGAGUGGCCAGAAAAAAUCCAUUGCUUAAAGAAAAAAAUAAGCAAACAUGUUUGGUGUUCGCCAAAAGGCAAGUGGGAGACUCCCCAAACAUAUGGAAGAAGGUACUCUGGUCAGAUGAGACUAAAAUUGAGCUUUUUGGCCAUCAAGGUAAAUGCUAUGUCUGGUGCAAACCCAGGGGUUGAAUAGUUAUGCACGCUCAAGUUUUCAGUUUUUUGGUCUUAUUUCUUGUUUGUUUCACCCCAAAAAAUAUUUUGCAUCUUCAAAGUGGUAGGCAUGUUGUGUAAAUCAAAUGAUACAAACCCCCAAAAAAUCCAUUUUAAUUCCAGGUUGUAAGGCAACAAAAUAGGAAAAAUGCGAAGGGGGGGUGAAUACUUUCGCAAGCCACUGUAUAUGUCCACCUCACUCUCAGAGAAACAUGUAGCACUGCUAGGUUUUACAGUCAAAUGUAACUAACUAUAUUUUUUAAAAUAAAGAACUGAACAAAUGAUACAUUUGUGACAUCAAUAUUUAAACAAAUGUUUAAAAAGAUUAUCAAUACAGUAAUGAGAUCUAUGUAAAAUAUUUACAUUUGACAUUUGAGUCAUUUAGCAGAUGCUCUUAUCCUGAGUGACUUAGUGCAUUCAUCUUAAGAUACUGCAGGUAGGUGAGAUCAGUCAAGUCUACAGGAUACAAACAUUCCAUUUCAGCUAAACAAUGGAUAUAUAGCGUUUUUGCAACAACCAAUUUUAAUACACAUCUAAAAUCUAUGAAUAAAAAAUCAGAGACCAGUAAUAUUUUACACACACAUAAAGCAAUCAUUUCUGAUGAAAAAAAAAAUGAAAUUGGUGUGUGUAUACAGUGGGGGAAACAAGUAUUUAGUCAGCCACCAAUUGUGCAAGUUCUCCCACUUAAAAAGAUGAGAGAGGCCUGUAAUUUUCAUCAUAGGUACACGUCAACUAUGACAGACAAAUUGAGAAUUUUCUUUCCAGAAAAUCACAUUGUAGGAUUUUUAAUGAAUUUAUUUGCAAAUUAUGGUGGAAAAUAAGUAUUUGGUCACCUACAAACAAGCAAGAUUUCUGGCUCUCACAGACCUGUAACUUCUUCUUUAAGAGGCUCCUCUGUCCUCCACUCGUUACCUGUAUUAAUGGCACCUGUUUGAACUUGUUAUCAGUAUAAAAGACACCUGUCCACAACCUCAAACAGUCACACUCCAAACUCCACUAUGGCCAAGACCAAAGAGCUGUCAAAGGACACCAGAAACAAAAUUGUAGACCUGCACCAGGCUGGGAAGACUGAAUCUGCAAUAGGUAAGCAGCUUGGUUUGAAGAAAUCAACUGUGGGAGCAAUUAUUAGGAAAUGGAAGACAUACAAGACCACUGAUAAUCUCCCUCGAUCUGGGGCUCCACGCAAGAUCUCACCCCGUGGGGUCAAAAUGAUCACAAGAACGGUGAGCAAAAAUCCCAGAACCACACGGGGGGACCUAGUGAAUGACCUGCAGAGUGCUGGGACCAAAGUAACAAAGCCUACCAUCAGUAACACACUACGCCGCCAGGGACUCAAAUCCUGCAGUGCCAGACAUGUCCCCCUGCUUAAGCCAGUACAUGUCCAGGCCCGUCUGAAGUUUGCUAGAGUGCAUUUGGAUGAUCCAGAAGAGGAUUGGGAGAAUGUCAUAUGGUCAGAUGAAACCAAAAUAGAACUUUUUGGUAAAAACUCAACUCGUCGUGUUUGGAGGACAAAGAAUGUUGAGUUGCAUCCAAAGAGCACCAUACCUACUGUGAAGCAUGGGGGUGGAAACAUCAUGCUUUGGGGCUGUUUUUCUGCAAAGGGACCAGGACGACUGAUCCGUGUAAAGGAAAGAAUGAAUGGGGCCAUGUAUCGUGAGAUUUUGAGUGAAAACCUCCUUCCAUCAGCAAGGGCAUUGAAGAUGAAACGUGGCUGGGUCUUUCAGCAUGACAAUGAUCCCAAACACCCCGCCCGGGCAACGAAACACACCCCAAAACAUCACUGCUCUAGAGGAGAUCUGCAUGGAGGAAUGGGCCAAAAUACCAGCAACGGUGUGUGAAAACCUUGUGAAGACUUACAGAAAACGUUUGACCUGUGUCAUUGCCAACAAAGGGUAUAUAACAAAGUAUUGAGAAACUUUUGUUAUUGACCAAAUACUUAUUUUCCACCAUAAUUUGCAAAUAAAUUCAUUAAAAAUCCUACAAUGUGAUUUUCUGGAAAGAAAAUUCUCAAUUUGUCUGUCAUAGUUGACGUGUACCUAUGAUGAAAAUUACAGGCCUCUCUCAUCUUUUUAAGUGGGAGAACUUUCACAAUUGGUGGCUGACUAAAUACUUUUUUCCCCCACUGUAUAGCGUUUUGGAACGAAACUUCGAAUAUGAUGGAUAUAUUGAAAUAGUAUAUACUGUGUAGGAGAUACUAUUAGUUGAAGGCAGCCAAUCCAAUAGUUUCCGAAAAGUAGACACUUCCUAAGAUCUGUAUUAAAAUAUAUUUUUUUAAGUAGUUGCUUUCUUAGAUCUGUAUUCAAAUAGUUUACAAAAAAUAGUUACUUUCUGAGAUCUGUAUUGAAGUCGUUUUGAAAAGUAGUCACUUUCUGAGAUCUGUAUUCAAAUCUUUUCAAAAAGUUGUAAUUUUGGGGGAUCUGUGUUCAGACAGUUGUGGUCACCUCCAAAGUUACUAUUUGUUCUCCUGGAAAGAGUUAAAUUCCACAAAGCAGAGUUAAAAAUACAGUUAUCCCAGGUCUGUUGUAUAGAAGUUUUGGAAGGGGAUUUUAGACUAUUGGGAGAGGUAUUUGUGGGUAGAAAGUUAGACAUCAAAUUGAGUUUUCAUCCGUCAAAGAUAACUAAGGGAAAAGGGUAAAAAAAUAAAUACAUAUAGUUCUAAAACUCACUCUAUCCAUCCCGUCCCUCUGUCUCUCAGCGAGUUCUCUGCCAUCAUGAAUGAGCAGGAGCGUCUGGACUACAAGAGGGAGUUUGACCGGGACCACCUGGAAUACAAAGAGCUGCAGGCUGAGCUGGAUGACCUCAACAUGGGCCUGGCUGACCUGGACAAGGAACUGGACAGACAGCCAGAGGGCAGCCCACAGUUCCUGGUGAGGACUUUAGAGAUACUAUAUAAAUAUUAUAUGGUUUUCUUUUUCUAUUCAUGUUCUAUUAAAGUAUCUGUGUGAGUCAAUAGCUAUGUUUCGAUGAACUUGUCCAGUGAUUUCUGUUGUUGCCGCCGUUUAGAAAGUUUGCAUAGAAAAUAGAUUCAACAAUUGCCUGCUAGUGUGUGUUUCAAUGUAACCAUCUUGUGUCUAUAAAAACUGCUGGAUGUAAUGACGUCACUCCUGCAGUAACCAGGUUUACAUCCAACCUUUUGAUAGGAGUAAAUGUCAGAUACAGAAUGUAAUGACAGGCCUAAUGGAAACAGAACAUUUGUCGGUAAACUUUCCAAAUGUCGACAAAACAAAAUACUAGGGGUGUAACGAUCCAUCUACUACAUCGAUGUAUCGAUUUAUAUUCCUAUGAUCCAACUACAUCGAUCUGUGCUCGGCGAGUUGGCCUUUUGGACAACAUAUAUCAAUCUAACAUCGUUUUAAAAUGUAAUAAAUCGAUUGUAUCGAUACUAGGAAAUAACCCAUUGGAUUUAAGCACGUCAGACUUUAUAUGGAUGUUUUUUCUUAGCACUUUUAAUGAUAAAGGCUUUAAACAUUACUCGAUUCAGUCUGCCUAUCCGUGACGUCAUCGCCCCGCGCCAGCAGCAGCGCAAAGGCGCAAAGACAACAAAACAUAGCAUGGCGGACGACAGAGGAGAAGCCGACGAGCGAGAAAUUAUCAAGCCACCAUUGCGGUCCUUACAAGAAACAGGAAUCUAGGAAACUUCACCUGCACUGUCCAGUAUCCAGGUAUUUAUUUCAGUCACACUGGUUGAAUUUUUGGCUAAAAGGUUACUGAAUUGAUUUCAAGUCACUGAAUCGUUUCGGAUCGUAUCGUUCUAAAUGAACCAAUAUCGUCCUUGAAUCGUAUCGAAAACCACGAAUCGUGAUACAAAUCGAAUCGUUGUUAAAACGAAUCGUUACACCCCUACAAAAUACGCUAGACAAGGGCAGAUUUUUUUGUCAGUAAAAUGAAUUGGGUGAGAAAUGUCAGUGGAAACACUUUUAUGUGCAAAUAUUGAUAUAACCAUAAUAUCGAAGUAAACUUUGAGUCACGCGAUGAUAUGUUGUGUGGUCCUCCCACUACGACUCGGGAAACCAUGCAGUUUAUUAGGCUACAGAUGAAAUAAGUUAUGAUGAAUUUCACAGGGUGGUGAAAGUGCAAGGUGAUGAGCUUGAUGCUCCUUUCCAAUAAAUAUCGAGGGUCUUAUUGUGUUGACAUGAUGAUCAAUGCUUGGCUGCCGUUUGACAAAUACAAAUAAUCUCUCUUCUGUCCAUAAUAAUCUCAUCAUGUAGGCCAUAUGUGUCAAACGCAUUCCACGGAGGGCCCGAGUGUCUGCGGGUUUUCGCUCCACCCUUGUACUUGAUUGAUGAAAUAAGGUCACUAAUUACCUGGUUGUCUAGGUCUUAAUUGAAAGGAAAAAACAGAAACCCGCAGACACUUGGCCCUCCGUGGAAUGAGUCUGACACCCCUGAUGUAGGCCCUUCACUCAACUCAGGACUUCAACCAGUUCCACUGCAUUUUUCCUUGGUUCCCCUCUAAUCAGGAACUGAUUUAGACCUGGGACACCAAGUGUGUGCAAUUCAUUAUCAGGUAGAACAGAAAACCAGCAGGCUCCUGACCUUGUAGGGUUGAAUACCCCUGCUGUUGGCUAGAGUGCACGUGCCAAUGCCAGAGUGGGCACACUCGCUAUAAAAUGCCAAAUAUUUGGUGAGAAAACCAUCAGUAGAGUUAAAUGCGAUGGAAACCUAUUUAACUUGUAUUUUUUUAUUUGGUACAUGGGAACGUAACCGCAAAAGGUAUUUUUAUGUGCACUACUUCAUCACGCACAGUCUUAUCCACAACAAGUUAAUUUGAUGGAAACAUCUCUGGUGGGAAAAUGCGCAUAUUGUUUUUAUUGUGGAUUUUAGAAUGUUCACAUGGAAACCUAGCUACUUUCAAAUAAAAUGUGGGCAAAUUGCACAUGAAUAAAUUGUGGACAGCCUGUAUGCCCUCCCAAGUAUUUGUUUCAUGACUCAGGUAACCCCUGUGAAAGCAAGCAUGGAUAGAAUGCAGUAAUAUUUUAAUAUUUGCCAUAUUCUAAUAAUUUUCAUGUGCCAUGGUGAAACUUGCACUCCUGUAGAUCUGAAAGAAUCAGAUGGUGAAACUUACCAGCCAACCAGAAAAGCAAGGUGAAGCAAUUCAGGCAUUUUUGAAAGUCAGGACAAUCUUUGUCCUGCAAAGGAAAACAUUUUACAGUUGAAAAUAUAUAUUUUGCAAGCAGUAGGCAUUUAGAAUUUAAAAUAUGGAGUGGAGCUUUAUAGUUAAGUGAUGACAUCACGUGCCCGCGUACCUUCAAAAUUAUUAUUUUUUUAAACACUGGUUUCCAUAAUAAUUUGUCACAAAGAAAUUGACAAAAGAAAUCCACCCAUCGAACGGAUACAAAUGUUGUUGAUCUUCCGAAAAUGUCUCCUAAAUCUGCCGUUUACAUUACACGUCGCAAUUAUUUAUUUUGCGACAUUGCUUUUGUCCAAUAAACCUGGUUCAAUGGAAACCUGCCUAUUAAGGAGACAAUGAUGACAUCCUUAACACAAUUUCAAAGAAACGGAGAAAUCUGAAUCGUAAGUUAAAGGUAGACUCAGCGCUACAAAUGUCGAAAGUACUGUAGCAUAUCGGGCCGACUUCCACAAUAAGAAAGUGUGACGCCUAAUUCUCUUUUUUUCUUUCCUUAAAAACAGGAUGCUAUGGAUGAGUACACCCGGCUGAAGAAUAUGAAGAAGGUAUGUUCCACAACACCGCUAUUACCUUUUUGAGUAACAUAUAUUUUGUGAGCGUUUUGAUUCAACCAACCAAUCAAACAAACCACAGUACUGUAGGUUUCAACAUGUUUUUAAGUUAACCUCUUAUCUCAACAGUCCCCAGACUAUCUGCUGAAGAAGAAGAGGUGCAAGCACCUGAAGGCCAAGCUGUCUCACAUCAAGAGGAAGGUCAGCGAGUAUGACCGCAGACCCUGACCUCUGACCCCAGUCCAGAGCUGACUCCACCCCUGUCUGUCCAGGAAACUGGCCCCAAAAGAAGGAAUACCAUAAUGGGAGAGGGAUCCAGAGAAGGCUUUUUUUCCCCUCUCAAUGUGAAGUCAUAUGAACUGAUUUUAAGAGAGAUCAUUCUCUGAAUGUCUAAUCAAGAUUUUUUUAAAAAUCUUUUUAUUUCAAUAAUGUUAUCUAUUUUUAAGAUGGAUGUUGAAGUUGAGUUACAACCCAAUACACCCAUACACUCAUACACCAGUAUCUUAACGUGGUGCUGCUAGAGGAUUCUACCCAUAGCCGCAGGAAGUAGGGAUGCUGAGGGUGUUGUGAUGUGGCUCAGUGAGAGCAUGGCCCUUGCAAUGCUAGGGUUGUGGGUUCAAUUCCCCCAGAGGUCCAGUUCGAAAA